AUGGAAGGCGACUGGGAGGAAGUUGGGCGUCUACGUCUUCCGCUAUUAAGCUCACAACUUCCCCUGACCCCCGCCACAACGUUUUCUUUCGACACUAGUCAAGAGCUUCUCUGGGUUGGCAAUGGAUUCGGCCGAGUUUUCGGCUACUAUGGCAUCGAGCUCCAGCGAUACUGCUCUUUUAGGGUUGGAAAUGGAGCUGUACAUCAAAUUCUUCUCCACGAAAAAGGCGUUAUUGCACUUACAUCAACAGCUAUUCAUGUAGCUCUACGACGAGGUCCUCAAAUAUGGCAUUUAGCGCACGAAGAAAUGAAAGAGCUUAGGUGCAUGAACUACAGCUCUAAAGACAUGACGAGAAUCUUGGUUGCCGGUCUCCAGGAUAAGAUGGUUACCAUUGAUAUAGAGAAGGGAAUAAUUGAGAAACAGACCCACACGGACCAUCACUACAUUAUCAUGAAAAGAAGCAAAUAUAUUAUUGCAGCAACAGACACGGGAUGCGUCAAUAUACUAGAUCCGAAGACUUUCUCUAUUCUUAAGACAUGGAAAGCUCAUGCUUCAGGCAUAAAUGAUAUGGAUUCACAGCAUGAUUUUAUCGUCACUUGUGGAUAUUCUAUGCGCCAACAUUCGAUGAUGCUCGACCCGCUGGUCAAUUGUUUUGAUCUGAAGAACAUGGUUGCUCUUCCGCCAUUACCUUUUCCGCCUGGUGCUGCGUACAUACGACUGCAUCCUCGCAUGUCCACCACAUGUAUCGUCGUGUCUCAACAUGGUCAGGUACACAUAGUAGAUCUCAUGAACGUAAAUACCAGCAAUAUCAAGCAGGUCAACACUUUAUCAUACAUAUCAAUGACCGAAAUUUCUCCAUCUGGAGAGAUAAUGGUGCUAGCAGAUACCGAUUGCAAUAUUUAUCUUUGGGGGUCUCCAUCUAGGGCACGCUUCGCCGAACUAAAUAAUCCAACGGAAUUCCCAGAAGCGGAUGAGAGUACCGUCAAGAUAGACUGGAAAUCUGAUAGUCCGUUGAAUACCGUUGGUAUGCCGUUUUAUCGAGAAACUCUGUUGUCCGCUUGGCCCAGCCUCCAAAUUUAUGAAGUUGGCGCACCACCCCCAAAACACGACCUGCAGCAUUUAAAUUCCUUCAAAUUGACAGAAUGGGGCGUUUACGGUCGGAAUUCACGCGACUGUCUCAGGAAUCAGGUUGUGAGAACUAGGCAAGUUGAAAAAUCCAAUGUUGCUCUUUUGGCCCCCAAAUUUCUGAGCGAAAAAGGCAAAGAAGAGGCAAAGCUGGGCAUUACCAGCGAACUCAAACCAAUUGUAAUGGCAGAUGCCGUUGCAACUGAGCUACUAAAUGUACAAGUAGAUAUUCCUAUGACUUAUCGUGUUCUUGAUAUAAAGUACAGCAAAUAUGGUGUCGCAGAUUUUGACUUCGGGUACUAUAACAAUACCAAUUUUGCUGGACUAGAAACACACGUGCCGAAUUCUUACGCUAACUCCCUUCUCCAAUUAUUCAAACACAUUCCUUUACUUCGUAACUUAGCAUUACACCAUACAGCGACAAGCUGUGUAAACGAUGGAUGUCUUCUAUGUGAAAUGGGAUUUCUCUUUGACAUGCUCGAGAAAGCUAACGGGAUUGCUUGUCAUGCAACCAACCUACUGAAGACAUUAAGCCAUCAUCCUCAAGCUGGGCCGCUAGGCUUACUUGAGGAAGAAGUCUCAAGCUCUUCAAUAUCAACUAUGUUGCAGGGUCUCACCCGGUUUUUAUUGGAUAAAAUUGCGCAAGACUGGCGGAGCAUCUCACCACAGUCGGCUUCAAUCGAUCAAGUAUUGGCCACGACUGCUACAACCUCGAUCCGGUGCCUUAACUGUCGCAGCGAACACACAAGGCCAGGCACAACUUUUGUGACUGAGUCACUCUACCCUCCAACUAAACUAAUACUACGAAACGUUAAAAGGCCCAAAGUAACGUUUUCGGAAAUUUUGAAAUCUAGUGUCGAACGUGAAAUUACGAGUAGAGGCUGGUGUAAUAGGUGCAACCGAUAUCAAUCACUAGCCACCAAAAAAUCAAUACAUAAAUUUCCAGCCGUACUAAUGCUUAAUACCGCCAUUACUAGUUCUGAAUCAAAAUCCUUAUGGGCCACACCUGGGUGGAUUCCCGAAGAAAUCGGUAUCAUAGUUGACCAAUGUCAUUUUAUUUGCUUUCAGGGCGACGAGUUAAAACUUCAACUCCAGUGCGGUCUACCAAACCUAAAAGUAUACUCAUUGAUCGGAAUCGUAGCUGAAAUAAAUUCUGGUCACAAUCAGAAGCCUCACCUUGUUUCAUUCAUAAACGUUGCACACUCUCUUCCAGAAGUAGAACCUCAGAGUCAAUGGCAUCUAUUCAAUGAUUUUCACGUCAGAUCCGUCAGCCCAGAGGAAGCACUAAACUAUAGCGCAUCAUGGAAAACGCCCUCUGUUAUUGCUUUCCAGAUCAAGGCUGCAAAUAAUCAAAUCGACAAUUCAUGGAAGAAAAAUCUGGAUACAUCACUUCUCUACUCGGACACGAGUAAAAAGAAUGAGAAGACUUUUCAUCCCUUAACGCUUCUUGAUGAUGUACCCGGAGGAAACACUAUCAUAGCGCUGGACACUGAAUUUGUAUCUGUACGACAAUCGGAAAUUGAAGUCAACGCUGAUGGAGAACUCGAAACUAUUCGACCAACUGUUUAUGCACUCGCUCGAGUUUCUGUCAUCCGCGGUUCGGGAGAGAAAGAGGGUAUACCUUUUAUAGAUGACUAUAUCGCUUCCAAGGAACCUGUCAUCGAUUAUCUUACAUCUUAUUCAGGAAUUGUCAAAGAGGACCUUGAUCCACUACUUUCAAGGCAUAAUCUUGUUCCCUUGAAAGUAGCAUAUAAAAAACUCUGGAUUCUUUUGAACCUGGGCUGUAAAUUUCUUGGUCAUGGUUUGAGGCAAGAUUUUAGGGUCACCAAUAUACACGUCCCUAAAUCCCAAGUAAUCGACACGUCAGAUUUUUUCUUCAUAGUAGCGUUGAAACGUAAAUUAUCUCUUGCUUUUCUAGCCUGGUACCUCCUUAAAGAAGAUAUUCAAGUUAAGACACAUGAUUCGAUAGAAGAUGCACGCACAGCUUUACGGUUAUAUCGCAAGUAUCAAGAAUUUCAAGAUGCCGGUGUCCUUGAAACUAUGCUACAGGAUAUCUAUCGUAAAGGAAAGGAUACCGGCUUUAAACCUCCUACAAUCAAAGAUGACGAAAAAGUUUUUAAAAGAACUGGGACGCCGCCUAUUUUGAAUGAGCUAACUCUUCCUAGCACACCUCUAAAUAAUGUGUUUAACCUGGGCUCUAGUACAAUGAAUUCUGCUAGGAAGUGUUUUGCUUCAGGUUGGACUCCAGGUAGAGGUACUAAUGCGCAUAGCUCUCCCCUUUGGUAA